UUUUUUUUUUCUUUUUUCUUCUUCUCUUCCCGUUAAUGCAGGAGGUAGUUACAACGUUCGCCCGUUUACGUCCGCCUGGCAAUUAUUGUAUAUGCGCCUUCUUGGUGGGAUGAGGCCCGUAAUCGGCGGGAGAUAUCGCAUUUCCAGCUCAUGUCCCUGGGGAUCCAUUCGUUCUGGAGGGCUCGAAGACGCGUGACUGGCGUCUUAGGGCUCCUCGGGAUUCCCAGGGGGCAACCCACCCCGUCGUCUCCAUUCUGGUCGAACUCGCAGUUGAGCUCGCAACGAUGGCUCUCGGCUGCCCCCCCCGACACGACGCCGCCGGAGAGCGCGAACGCCCAGGAUCUGAAUAAGCCAGACUUGACAGUCAGGUCGGAGUCUUGGCAGAUCAGGGCCAUCCUUAGACGAGUGAUCACGAUGCGAGCCGACUCGGAACCCGCGAUACCGGCACUCGUAAAGCGGCCAGUCACAUCCUCGAGCAGGUAUAAAUCUCGCCGUGGCUUGCGCAAGCAGAGGAAAAGCGCGGCCAAGCAGCAUUUGAACGACCAGGCAAGUGUCAUUGCUUCGAAACCGGACACCUCCAUAGAAUCGACGGCCAAGUUCAUGCUGCACUACACGCACAAGUAUGGAGAUAUGCUGAGUUUCCAAAUUAUCAUAGGGAGAGGGGUAGCUGCUGAAGCGCGCGAGCUGUUGUCAGGCACGGAUAUGCACCUCUCUCGGAUAAGGCAAAAGAAUGGCAGCAGGAUCUGGAUCGACAAAGCCUGCCAGCUAGGCGACGCCGAGUUGGUUCUCAACUUAUCCGGCCCCGAAACCGCGGUUCGGAAUUCCUUGGUGGACGUCGUUAACGUGGUGGGGAAGAUCACCGCCGUGAGGCUUCCCAGUCCUACCUGGAAGAUGUUGCUGGAGGGUGCAUGGCACAAGAUGACCCCAACCCGACCCGAAGUCCGAUUCCUCGACAGCGGAGAGGCAUUGGAUGACGAGGUACCGGAUGACAAGACAUUGAUCGUGCAAGCUUGGGGAGGCGACGGCAAGAAGUUCAAGGAGUACUGGCUGACCGUGCGCGCCGAAGAGAUCCCCCGACCAGCGGAAUGGACCAAAGAGUCUUUCGAGAGAUAUGUUGCGGCCCUGGUCUAUAGCCGGGUCCAACCUCAUCGGGCGAACGUGAUAUAUCCGAAACCCCCAGGCCACCGGGAAACUGUGAUCUCUAUGCUUGUCGGCCUGUUCGCCUCGACACAUGUCAGGUCGGUGGUGUCGGCAUCGGCAUUGAAGAUGGCUCUCACCUACAUGCAGUCGAGCGGUCGCGGCUUUCGCCAGGCUGCGCAAAAGAUCUUCAACCAGGCAGAAUUGUUCGGCUACCCCAUGGACACGGACCUGUUCCAUAUAUUUCUGGUUGGCGCAUCCAAAGACGGGGAUUUGUACGGGUUCAACAGCAUACUCAGGAUGAUGGUUCGGAAGCACCACCGUCCGCAGAGCAGCGCCUGGACGGCGCUCAUGGAGAUGGUGCAAGACGUGACAGCCCAGCGCUGGAUCGUGGCCAGCCUGAGGCGUAGCGGGCUCAACCGCAACCCGUCGGUACUUCGCGUGGUGGGCAGGAAGAUGGCGGUAGCCAAUCUCAUCGCCAAACCUUUGGAUAAGCUUAAAAUCGAGGAGUACGUGCACCAGCAGGACAAAAAAUACGGGGUGGGCUGGCUGGACACGGUCACGCUCGACAUGAUGUUGGAUGUGCUCGGGGCGCAAGGCAGACGGGACAUGUGCAACGCCUUGCUGGAUCUCGUCUCCGCCAGCGACGUUACCACGCCUAGUCCUAUUACGCUCAAUACGAUGCUCACGCACUCGCGGAGGUUGCCGGAUAUGCUGGCGAUACUGCGGUCGAUGCCGGUGCGGUGGCCUAGGCGCGUAGGACCUACCCCGGACACUUACCACCUGCUGUACCGAGCGGCGUGGACGAGGUGCUGCCCCAACAUGCUUCGAGUAACGUGGCGGUACGCGGCGUCGGCGAAAAUGACGACGCCCAAGAUGCGGUAUGCGCUGACGCGACUCCUUCGCCAGGAACACGGCCUAUCGAAGCGGCGCAGCUUCCUGAAGACUUGGGAAGACGUAAUAUUCGGGCGGGCGGAACUAGAAGAGCUGCGGGCGCUACACGGCGACAAGCUCAGGGCGGGGCACGUGUUGGCUAGAUACGCGGAGCAGGACGAGGAGAUGCAGCCCGAGGUCGAUUUUGCAACCAAACUGGGGGAGGCGGAGCUGAUGGACAGGAAGAUACACCGACUGACGAAGGAGGGGGUGGUGCUGACGGUGGCGAUGCGGAACGAGCACACGGUGGACAUACCACUCAGACCGAGGGACUGGCUGGAGGAGCGCGCACCGUCAUUUUACGUGGAAGAAUGGAUGAUGAAGCACGGAUGAACUACUACCAUAGAAGCUACCUACCGACCUACCUACCGACCUACCUACCUACCUUAGGUACCUACCUAUGCUGUAGCGGUACGAGGCGGGUGCCUAUGCCUACAGCAUUCGGGGGCCACGUGUACAUUAUAAUUCUUGUACCAGUUGGCUGUACCUACUAUUAGGAUGUUUGGAUAUACCUAUGGCGACGGAAAGCAGAAGGGA